AUGACGUCACCACAGGACACCAGAUCGGAUAAGCCGAUUCCCAAACUCACUCCAUUUACAUACGAGAAUGAGGUUUAUCAGGCCGGUCGCAAGGGCCAAAAGCCCGCGAUUACCUUCAACUGUCGCGACUGGGAAGCCCUAGCCAAAGAGCGGCUCUCAGCCGAUUCUUAUGGAUAUGUUUGGGGAUCUGCCGGAACUCGUGACACAGACGACAACAACAAGAAAGCCUUCCAAAAAUGGGGGAUUGUGCCAUCACGCCUGGUCAAGAGCGACUUCCCAGAUCUCAGAACGAAGAUCUUUGGUGAGACGUACGAUUAUCCGAUCGCCAUGGCACCGGUGGGAGUGCAGCGGAUCUUCCACCCAGACGGAGAGACGGCAUCUGCGAAGGCCGCCGAGAAGGAAAAUGUCCCGUACAUCCUCAGUACCGCAUCCGCCACGAGCAUCGAGGACGUCGCCAAGGCCAAUGGGAAUGGAUCUCGUUGGUAUCAACUUUACUGGCCUUUGAAUGAGAACAAUGAUAUCACGGUGAGCCUGUUGUCUCGGGCAAAGGCAGCGGGUUACAAGGUGUUGGUGGUCACCUUGGAUACGUACAUUCUGGGAUGGCGUCCCAGCGAUCUGAACAAUGCAUACAACCCAUUCAUUCGUCCAGACGACAUUGGCGUAGCACUGGGAUUUACCGACCCUGUAUACCGCCGCAAGUUUGAAAAAGAGCAUGGAAAACCCAUCGAGGAGGAUCUCGAGACUGCCGCCACAGAGUGGGCACAUACCGUUUUCCCCGGCGUGAGUCACGGCUGGGAAGAUAUCAAAUUCCUCCAGGAGCAUUGGGAUGGUCCAAUUGUUUUGAAGGGUAUCCAGACGGUGGCGGACGCGAAGAAAGCGGUGGAAUAUGGUGUCCAGGGAAUUGUGGUAUCUAACCAUGGUGGAAGACAACAGGAUGGAGGCAUUGCGUCUUUGGAUAUGUUGCCAGAAAUUGUUGACGCUGUGGGAAAUGACUUGGAAAUCAUCUUUGACUCGGGUGUUCGUUGUGGCGCUGAUAUUGUUAAGGCAUUAGCGCUUGGCGCGAAAAUGGUCCUUAUUGGUCGCCCAUACGUUUAUGGAUUGGCGAUUCAAGGUGAGGCGGGAGUACGCCAUGUGCUGAAGAGUCUCCUAGGAGACUUCAACCUGACCCUCCAUCUGUCGGGUAUCAGCUCAGUAUCUCCUAAGCAUCUUAAUCGUUCGGUAUUGCGUCGGACAGAUCAAUAA